UCUGUAUCAGUGCAUGUAGCGAGACUCGUUCAUCAAUUGCUCGCUGGCUCUCGCAAACAUCUCACCUGCUUCCGAGAUGUGAAACGAAAAAACAAUGACAGGAAGCGUGAGAGAAAGAGAUUCGAUCCGACGUGAAGCGCACGAGAAGAGUACGAAGGGGAACUGCUAAAAAUAUCCACCACUACGAAAAUGUCAAUUUGCUCUCGUUCACUCUAAUGUCUCUUCUGUCGGUUUCUGGAUACCUGGCUGGAGGGAUUAAAAAUGACUUAAAUUUCAAUCAGCAGCAGCAGGAGAGAAAGAAACGGGGAUGAAAAAGGAGGAGUUUGUCCUCUGAAGAGAUUCAGCGGUGCACAGCUGGUAAGAGCGAGAGAGAGACAGAGUGAGAGAGACAGAGAGAGAUACAGAGGAGAGCCGGAGUCCGACGAAGAGAGAGAAAGAGGGUCUUGUUUCUCUUUUGAGGAAGCCAGGAGUCGGAUCGCCGUUUUCUCCCGGACUACUCGACGGGAAAUGCAGGAAAACCAGGAGCAUCUCUAGGUUGCGCCACCCUCCCUUCUCUUUCUCCCUGUACUUGCUUUGCUGUGAGACAAUACAGGCAUUCCGGGUGACUGGAAUUCUACACUUAAAGAUGGGAAAACAAACAUCUGAAACGAGGAAUACUUGAGAACAACAAUCAUCAUUAGGAGCACGACCAACAAGGCACAAAUCUGGAAUAAACAAACAGAAACACAGAGCUAGAAAGGUUUUAAUAUGAGCCCAUGAACACUUAUGGCAGGUGGGUGAAAAGGAGAAGGAAAAAGGUGUGAAAAAAAACAAAAACAGCAGGAUCCUGGAAAACAGCUGGAUAGAUGCCAGACUGGAAGUACAUGGUGUGAGAAUUCUUAAAUACGUUCGCAGUGGAAUCGGGGAACUGCUGCAAGGCCCCAAGGCCAAAAUGUUUAACAGCAGGAACAUUUUAAAAAGGGAAGACGACGUCCUGGUAUUUUCCACAAGCACAAAUAGAGGAAAUACAAGUGGAAUUGAGCGUCUGACACAGUCUUUGCGUUUGAAGUAUGCGUGUGGCAACGAGAUAGACACUCAAACACAAGCAGACACUUCUCUACACUGCCAUACACACCUGAGUUUGGAUUAACACACAGCUCUAAAUCGUCGACACGCGCAGAUGAAAGCACGGAAAUGAGAAGUUAAUUGUGUCCUGGGAUCAACACAGACAAGAAAGGUCUGUGGAUCACUCCCCUAUCUACCAUGCCAGACUCCCCACCCCUUCAAUCAUUCAGAAAAUCACACCCGUCCCUCAUUGUAUGCCAUCCACACAGCAACACGCACUCGCCUUCAUCACCGAUUCAUCCAUCUGUCCACCUGAAACGGAAUAUCGUCAAGUCCUCUGAUACAUUUCGUCAACCCCCUCCAAAGUUUACCAGCCGAUAUUCACCCGGAGACACGGCUUCAACAUUAGCACUGCUGCACUGGUUUACAUUGGUCACCUGUGCCUGCUUGCUGCCUGCUCUGAUUGGUCGGUUUCCCGGAGCGGUAGCGGGUGAGACGUGGGGCGUGGUCUCAGCGUGCCCCUUCCACUGCGUGUGCAGGAAUCUCUCAGAGUCUCUAAGCACUCUUUGCGCUGACAAAGGUCUCCUUUUUGUUCCGCCAAACGUGGACCGGCGAACCGUUGAGCUUCGUCUCGCUGACAAUUUCAUUCGAGAGGUGGGAGGGGCUGACUUUGCCAACAUGACGGGAUUGGUGGAUUUGACGCUAUCCCGAAACACCAUCAGUAACAUUCGACCAAUGGCGUUCGGGGAUCUGGAAAGCCUGCGUUCCUUGCACUUGGAUGGCAACCGUCUGACAGAGCUGGGCCCACGAGACUUAGUAGGCAUGCUAAAUUUGCAGCAUCUAAUUCUCAACAACAAUCAACUAACUAACCUCUCCGCUGAGGCCUUUGAUGAUUUUCUUUUGACUCUAGAGGAUUUGGACUUAUCCUACAACAAUCUGCGUAAAAUACCUUGGGAUGCCAUUCAGAGCAUGGCCAGCCUACAUACAUUAAAUUUGGAUCACAAUCUUAUUGACCAGAUUGCCGAAGGCUCCUUUAGUGAGCUCUACAAACUAGCCAGAUUGGAUAUGACUUCGAACCGUUUAAAGACUUUACCUCCCGAUGCAUUGUUUGCUCGCUCGCAGACGGGAGUAAUCAGCCCCACACCCUACAAUGCAGUCAUGAACUUAAAUUUUGGGGGGAACCCAUUACACUGUAACUGUGAGCUGCUUUGGUUAAGGCGGCUGAUCCGCAGUGAUGAUAUGGAAACGUGCGCUACACCUCUUCAUUUAGCUGGACGUUACUUCUGGUCGAUACCCGAAGAGGAAUUUGUUUGUGAACCUCCACUUAUUACCAGACAUACACACAAACUUUGGGUGCUGGAGGGUCAAAGGGCGACGCUCAAAUGUCGUGCCAUCGGUGAUCCAGAGCCAGUGGUGCACUGGGUCUCACCGGAUGACCGUAUCAUGGGCAAUUCCAGCCGCACCACAUCUUUUCGAAAUGGCACUUUGGAGCUACUUGUAACCGUUGCUCGUGAUGACGGCACCUACACUUGCAUCGCCAUCAAUGCUGCAGGAGAGGCUACCUCUCUGGUUGACCUCAAAGUCAUCCCUCUCCCUCAUCGCGGUAAUGGAACAAUACCGUUAGCUCGUGACCCAGGAUCAUCGGACAUUACCAGAGGGAAAGCUUUCAACGGGCAAAGCCCUGGCCCGGACACUAACACUGACCCACAGGAGGGACAGGAGGAGGGUCAGAUUGAGGUCGAGGAUGGGGUCACUGAAGGAGGUGAUGAGCAGAUGGUGGGCGUGCAGGGGGUGACGUCUACAUCAGCUCAAGUGAGGUGGGAAAAUCGCAGAUUGACGGGAGCUAAUCUGAUGUGGAUGUAUCAGAUACAGUACAACUGCACAGCCGAUGAGACUCUUGUGUACAGGAUUCUUCCCCCCACGAGUGACAGCUUCCUACUAAAAAACCUCGUCUCUGGAACGGACUACAAUUUGUGCGUGCUAGCCAUUUUUGAUGACACAGUCACUUCCAUGGCUGCCACAAAAAUCCUUGGUUGCACGCAGUUUAGCACCAAGGACAAUUACCCUGACUGUCGUUCGCUACAAGCCCACUUCCUGGGCGGGACUCUUACUAUUCUGGUUGGCGGAGUUGUUGUGGUUACGCUGCUGGUGUUUACUGUGGCGCUGAUGGUGCGUCACCGUGUGUGCAGUAACCAUGACGACCAUCGCGAGAUAGGAGAAGAGGUGGGAUGCUCAGGAACAGACUCCCCGCCUCUUUCUGGAAAGGGAGCUGACGUGUUCUCUCAGAACAAUGGCAGUGGGAAUGUUAUGAUGGUGGUGCUUCCCAAUGGGCUCGUUCAGAAACAAAACGUCGCGGAGGGAGGGUUGGGGUCACCGCCCAAACCAACGUCCAGAGCGAAACCAAAAACCCUCCCAAAGCCCAAAGUGAAUCUGGAGGAGUUCAGGGCAGGACUGGAGGUGGAGAUGGCUUCUUUGAGACCGCUCCCACCGUAUACGCCGGAUAAAGAGCAAAUGUCUUUAUAUUACACCCCCGGAAACCAUUCGGCGUCCACACUACCACGUCCGCCACGUCAAUUAGGAGCGCAACAACUGAAACUCCGCACAAGCAGUAAAGACACAGGCAAACGUGCCACUGUGAGUUUGGCGCCGCCUCCUUCAUACAGCACAAAUCUCGGUAAUAGGCGGUUCAGCACGGGAGGGGGCAUCGUGGUCCGUCGAGGAGGCACCGAGAACCAAUGGAAUUCGUCUCUGGCGUAUCAGAGCCCUAUUUUGUCCCACGAGAGCCCCCCGCAUGGUGCGCUGCGUUACAAGAGAAGUUCAUCGUUCGAUAUGGGUGAAAUCGCCACAACGGCCUGCUACAGCUACGCCAAGAGACUCAGUGUAAUCUGGACCAAACGGAGCCAGUCGUUACAUGGCAUGCUGGUCCAGUGCAGCUCAGCAACAAGCACCUCGACAACCAGCAGCGGUGACUUCCAAGCACGGAAUGCACGAGGAUACAUCCGUGCCUACAACACCACCAACUCCAAUUCCAACGCUCCAAACGCUGAGACUACAAAUGCAAAGGAUAAAAAGGAGGAAGACAAAAGAGAAGAACUGGAGGAGAGUGUGGUGUAGCGAGUCAGAAGACAGACGAGACAGACAAGUAGAUUAAUGAGAGGAAGGAAGUCAAGAUGAAUGUAUAAGGGAUGAAAAAGGGUUCGAAGGUGAGAUGAAAACUUUGCAGGUAAAGCUUUUGAGAGGGCUUAAGUUGUUGAAGAUCCCACAGCGUGUUGAUUGGUGCAAUCAAUAGAGAAAAGGACAAGCCAGCGAGAGGUCAGACAGUCAAGAUAAAAGUCAAGAAUCAGGGGAAAGAAAAAACUUGUUAAUGAAACUUGAAACAAGAGUUAUUCUGAGCAAAAACUAUACAACUAAAAGACAGUAGGCAACUUCGUGGGCUUCGAUAAAGCAUGAUGCCGUUCGAUUCAUUUGUUUUUCUGUGAAUCACUGGGAUUGGAAGUGAACAUGCACAAUCGAUCUGAACCAGAUCAACCGAUAAAAACGUCAAUGCUAUUCCAGCAAAUACGGAUUACAGAGGAUGCCAACUACAUGAAAGGAAUGUGAAAAUGUACAAAUGGUACAAUGGAAAAAUCACUCAUAUAGAACAUAAGUGGGCAUUGAAUGUGGUUAAAGUGAAUAUUUUGUGUAUGAGAUUGUGUGUAUGUAAGUGUUUGUUUGUAGAUGAAUGAGUGGAUUAAUGCACAGAGAUAUAAUCAAAAAACAAAUUUAUGACGCCAGUGGAUCUGCUUUACCAUGUGACCACUCUCAUCCAGUAAGGUAAUGUGUUCAUUGAAGCUAAAAAGACACUGGCUGGUGUAUGAACUCUGGGCUACUGUAGAUGGAAAAAGAAAAAAUAUCAUUCCAAGUUCACAAAAUCCAUAAAUAAAUUCUGUAAAAAAUGUUAUCAAGUGUUAAGAUUUUUUACUAUGGAAAUGAAGAUUAAAAUCAGAAAAUGAGUGACAUUAUUAA